UUUUAAUGUGUAGUCACCCGUUGCGUCAGACCUACACUCUUGGCGUCGUCUUUCUUUGGAUUCUAAUUCCAAGUUAGAUUACUGGGUGCCCAUCCUGUUUCAUGGUUGAAGGCUGUAAUCAUCCACAGGCAGAUGGUAGUUGGUGUCAUCGAAAAUGGCUAUCAACAUCAAUCGAGAGGUUGAAGAUACCUUUUACAGGUAUAAAAUGCCGAAACUUACUGCCAAGGUAGAGGGCAAAGGGAAUGGUAUUAAAACAGUCAUCGUAAAUGUGUCAGAUAUCGCCAAAGCAUUGUACCGAAAACCAAUUUAUCUCACUAAGUUUUUCGGGUGUGAGCUAGGGGCUCAAAUCCAUGUAGACGAGAAGAAUGAACGCUAUAUCGUUAAUGGUGCUCAUCAAGCAGAGAAAUUGCAGGAACUACUAGAUGGUUUCAUUAAAAAGUUUGUGUUGUGCCAGAGCUGUGGGAAUCCGGAGACUACCAUGCACGUCAACAAACGAGGAGGUACAGUUGCUACAACAUGUAAAGCAUGUGGCAGUCAGGGACAACUGGACGUUACUCACAGACUGACCCAGUACAUAGUCAAAAACCCUCCAGAACCAGAAGCUACUCCAGCUAAAUCUAAGCAAAAGAAAGGAAAGAAGACGAAAGGUGAAAAUGAAGCAAACCCUAAUGGAGAUGAGAAUAGUCGCAGCAGUCCUGUUAAUGCUGAUGAAGAUAAUGAAGAUGAUGACUGGCUAGAGGACACUACUGAGGAAGCGCGACGCCAGAGGAUCAACACUUUAUCAGCCAUGGCAAAGUCCCUUGCUUUAUGUGACGACGUGGAGCGCUCUGAAACGGAGAGAGCAGAUAUUUUCUACAAACACUUGUCACAAAUGCAUCAGAAUGACAAAGUCCUGGCAAACCGUAAAGAGGUGAAACUGGAAGCCGACCGUCUUAAUCUUGGUCCACGUGCCGUGUUGGUUAUCGCAGAGGUGUUAUUUAAUAACCCAUCUACUAUUCUGAAUGAUAUUAAGAAAUAUGCCUCACUAUUACUUUUGUUCACUCGGUCGGGUGAAGAUCAGAAACGAGCCCAAAUGUACACAUGGGGUGCCAUGGCGAAGCUUAUCGAAAGACAUUCGGACCAAAAUCUAAUAGAUAAGGCGUGUCAUCUUCUUAAGACAUUGUACGAUUGCGACGUUAUCGAGGAAGACGUUAUUUUGGAUUGGUACGACAAAGGACCUUCAAAAAAAUUUGUAUCUCGCGAGUUAAGUGCAAAAAUACUGGCUCGCUGCUCUCCUAUGGUGACAUGGUUGCGACAAGCUGAAGAGGAAGAGUCGGAAAGUUCUGAAGAGGAGUCUGAAGCUAAUAACCACACAAUUACUCAACCUAUUAAUGGGUCAAACAGUGCCAAGGUUCCUGCCACUAAUGUGACGGAUGAUGAAGAUGACGAUGUGGACAUAGAUGCUAUAUAAAACGUCACACCAAACCGUGUUGAACUACUGAGCUACCAAGCUUUAACCCGUCUCUGAUUCCUAAUUUUUUGUUGUCGUUUUCUAAUAAAUAUAUUCCUGCCUGGUAAUUUAAAAGGCGAGUUCUUCGGUUUGUGCGUUGUUACUGUGAGGAGCCUGUUAGACUGCUCGAACGUUCAGUGUGGUCCAUUGAGUAAUGUAUUACCGUUCACUAGGUGGGUUGCGGAGUUAUGUUCCUUGGGUCGAGAGAUGUGUAGUGCUAAUUAUGGUGUACUUUGUAAUGCUUUUUUUGUGCGUGGGACUUAUUGCGUUGUCCGGCCACGUGACGUGGCUUUCUGGUCGUAAAAAUAUAUGGGGGGGGGGUACGCCUGAUGUGUUAACUGCAAAGAAAUAAGGUGGGUUAGACAACAGCUCACUGGAGGGGGGUUAGUUCGCCACUUUCCGUGAGGACAGUGUACACAUCGCGACGCCGACUUACCGUAUAUACGUGUUGUCUUGGUCCAUUUCACUCCUGAGGUUAAGCCUGCGUUAUAUUUAU